UUAGAAAAUUGAAUUUCGACAAUCGGUUUUGGCGAAUGGCGAUUGAAAUCUAGAUUUUACUGAUUUUAGUAUUCUCCAUUUCUAUUAUUCUAGUUGAGYAGUUUGUUUUCUACAUUUGAAAUAAUCAUGAGUUUCAUCGUUUCUAAUUGUUUUUGCAAGGUUGUACGGACCUUGUCCCGUUCCAAUUACACGAGCGCCAUUAGCUUGAAAAAUCUACACCCAAAGAGUUCGUUGAAGAUUACCACACCGUCACCCGAACAGUUGUUGGUCGACAAUAAAGUUUUCACUGGAUAUAUACCUGUGGAAGAGCUAGACAUCACAUACAGCACUUCUAGUGGUCCUGGUGGUCAGAACGUCAACAAAGUUAAUACCAAAGUUGACUUGAGAUUUAAGGUGGAAUCGGCUCAAUGGCUCAAAGAAGAAGUCCGGCAGAAACUAAUUGAUAUUAAUCAAAAUAAACUAACUAAAGAAGGAUAUUUGGUAAUUCGGUCUGAAAAGACGCGGUCCCAACAACUGAAUCUUGCAGAUGCCAUUGARCGUUUGCGUUCUCUCAUUUGGAAAGCUGCUGAACCUGAGCCAAAGGCAUCUGAGGAAUCAGUUGAAAAAAUAAGACGCAGGAUUGAGAAAGCAAAUCGCACAAGAUUAAUAGAAAAGAAAAUGAAAUCUUUGACCAAGAGAAAUCGUCAAGCACCAACAGUGUUCUAAAUAUAUGUAGUAUAUGUUGCAUAAUAUGCAUUAUGUGUCUAUUUGUCAUGAUUGCAACUAGAUGAUUUUAUACAUUGUUUUAAAAUUUUACCGUGUAUUAAUAUUUAAUAAAAAAAUGUUAUUUGUAUAUAGAA